AUGGGUUUCCUCAAGGUCCUCGUCACGUCCCUUGUGACUCUAGCAGUCGUCGAUGCCGGUACUCUUCUAACCGCCAGUAAUACCGACGCAGUCAUUCCUAGCUCCUACAUUGUUGUCAUGAACGAUGACGUUAGUACUGCCGAGUUCAAAACGCAUCGUGACUGGGCUGCGAAUGUUCAUGCUCGGCUUUCUCGCCGUAAGAAUGGCGAGACUGGACCAGGAAAGCAUUUCGAAAUCAAUGGCUUGAAAGGAUACAGCGCUAGCUUUGACGAGGAUACCGUCAAGGAUAUUGCUAAUGACCCGGCGGUCAAGUACAUUGAACCAGACAUGAUUGUGAACGCAACCGCGAACGUGGUUCAAUCUAAUGCUCCUUCAUGGGGUCUUGCUCGCAUAUCUAGCAAGAAGUCCGGUGCUACCGACUAUGUGUAUGAUUCCACUGCCGGCGAGGGCGUCGUGAUCUACGGCGUCGACACCGGGAUUGAUAUCUCGCAUUCCGACUUCGGGGGCCGCGCUAAGUGGGGUACCAACACUGUUGAUAAUGAUAAUACCGAUGGCAAUGGCCAUGGUACCCACACUGCAUCCACUGCAGCCGGUAGUAAGUACGGUGUUGCAAAGAAGGCCUCUCUCGUUGCAGUCAAGGUCCUUGGUGCCGAUGGUUCUGGCACUAAUUCGGGUGUCAUCUCUGGCAUGGACUGGGCUGUUAAAGAUGCAAAGUCUCGCGGGAUCACUGGAAAGGCUGUUAUGAAUAUGUCUCUUGGUGGCGAAUUUUCCAAGGCCAUGAAUGACGCUGCUGCCAAUGUUGUAAAGUCCGGUGUUUUCCUCGCUGUUGCUGCCGGAAAUGAAGCCGAGAAUGCGAGCAACAGCUCCCCUGCUUCUGCCUCGGAAGUAUGCACUAUCGCGGCCUCUACCAGCUCAGACGGCAGUGCUUCAUUCACUAACUUCGGAUCCCUUGUUGACCUCUAUGCUCCUGGGCAGGGUAUCACAGCUGCAUACCCUGGUGGUGGCUCAAAGACCCUGUCUGGAACCUCCAUGGCCGCUCCACACGUUGCUGGUGCUGCUGCAUACCUGAUUGCUCUCGAGGGUGUGACAGCUGGUAACGCUUGUGCACGUCUUGUCGAGCUUGCUACUUCGUCUAUCUCCAGGGCUCCUUCUGGCACCACGAGCAAGCUUCUAUACAACGGUAUCAACGUCUAG